UUCUUUUUUACAUUUCGGGGGGCGCGUCAUGUUUAAUAAUGAGAAAGAAGAAGCCCCAGCUUCGAGCACCAAAGAUGUAUUUUUACCACCCAUUAUGUCAAAUCAAGAUAGCUUAGAUGUCGGUCAAAAAAGAACUGUACCAUGGGGAGAAGACGACCAACGGGAUACAAAAACUCCUCGAACGGAAGAAAAAGAGCAAGAUAAAAAACACCAACAACCACAACAAAUGCAGGUAUCACAGCUUACCAAUCAAGAGUCGGUAACUGUGGCAACGCCAUUUCGUGCUAUUUAUAACGAUCAAUCUAUUAUCCAUCAACGAGUAAACCGACCAAAGUUAAAACUAGAUGAUUUUAACAUAUCACGCACUCUGGGAACUGGAUCUUUUGGCAGAGUGCAUUUGAUUCAAUCAAAAGUAAAUGCCAGAUUCUAUGCUAUGAAGGUGCUAAAAAAGACAGAAGUAAUCAGAUUGAAACAAGUUGAACACACAAAUAACGAAAAGCAUAUUCUGGAAUCUGUAGCACAUCCUUUUCUAGUUAAUAUGUGGGGAACUUUUCAAGAUUGUAACAACUUAUACAUGGUGAUGGAUUAUGUUCCUGGUGGUGAAUUGUUUUCAGUCUUGAGAAGAUCCCAACGAUUCCCAGAUCAUGUAGCAAAAUUUUAUGCUGCUGAAGUCAUUUUGGCUAUAGAGUACUUGCACUCAAAGGACAUGAUUUACCGGGAUUUAAAGCCAGAGAACUUAUUGUUGGAUGCUCAAGGACAUAUCAAGAUUACAGAUUUCGGUUUUGCGAAAUAUGUACCUGACAUAACUUGGACAUUGUGUGGAACUCCAGAUUAUUUAGCACCGGAAAUUAUUCAAUCAAAGGGCUAUGGAAAAGCGGUCGAUUGGUGGAGUUUAGGUGUUUUAAUUUAUGAAAUGUUGGCUGGAUAUCCUCCAUUUUUUGAUGACGAUCACUUGAAACUUUAUGAAAAGAUUUUAGCCUGUAAAAUCAAAUGGCCACAGUACUUUGAUGCCAACGGAAAGGAUUUACUAAAACGAUUAUUAACCCCAGAUUUAACAAAGCGUUUUGGUAAUUUAAAAGCUGGUAGUGAAGACAUAAAACGCCAUGCUUGGUUUACCGGUGUAGACUUUAAUAGAAUAUUGGCGCGCCAAAUUAGAGCUCCUUAUGUGCCCCAGAUUAGAGGCGAAGGAGAUGCAAGUCAUUUCGAUAAAUAUCCAGAGACACAGGAACAGUAUGGUGUCAUGGGCCAAACAGAUCCAUAUAGAAGUUUAUUUCCGGAUUUUUAAGAAAAAUAAAAUAUACAUUGUACAUCUUGAAA